AUGGCCAACAGUUGUUUUCAACUUGUUCUUUUCCUUCCUUUGUUUUUGAUGUUUGUUUCCCUUGAAGCCAGUAGAUUCAGUUCCAACUCUAGCAAUUCCAAACCCAGUUGCAUAGGGAUUGAAAGGAAAGCACUUGUUGAAUUCAAAAAAGGUCUCACAGAUCCUUCUGGUCUACUUUCUUCUUCUUGGGUAGGCAUUGAUUGUUGUACGUGGAUGGGCGUAGGUUGCUGCAACCAGACUGGCCAUGUUGUAGCGCUGGACCUUGGAAACCUCGGUGACUGUUAUGACAAAAAAAUUGGUUAUGCACCUACAACCAACUCAUCUUGUUUGGGUGGUGAGGUAAGUUCCUCCUUGCUCAACUUGAAAUAUUUGAAGUAUUUGGACCUAAGCAUGAAUGAUUUCCAAGGGAUUGCAAUCCCUAACUUCUUAGGUUCACUUGAAAAGUUGAGCUACCUCGAUCUCUCUAAUGCAUCUCUUGUUGGAAUGAUUCCUCCUCAUCUUGGAAACCUAUCAAAUUUGCGCCACCUUGAUCUCCUUGGGCUUUCAAGUUGGGUUUCCGAUUUAAACUGGCUUGUUGGUCUGUCUCCUCUAAAAUAUCUUAAUCUUGGAAAUGUGAACCUCACUUUGGCAAGUACUAAUUGGCUGCAAGCUCUUAAUAUGCUUCCUUCUCUGUCGGAAUUGAGAUUGCGAGGUUGUGAACUUCACAACUUGCCUCACUCUGUACCAAACAUCAAUUUCACUUCCCUUUCCGUCCUUGAUAUCUCUGAUAACAAUUUCAACUCUUCAAUACCUCAAUGGUUGUUUAAUAUAUGUUCCCUUUUGCAAAUAUAUCUUUGUAGUAGUUAUAUGAAGACCUCUGUUUCUGAUAUCCCAUGGGGAAACAUCUGUAACUUGAGAACUUUAGAUUUAUUCGAAAAUCAAAUUAACGGAGACAUAUGUGAACUUAUAGGGGGUUUGGUUGAAUGCAGCAACAGCAGCUUAGAAGAUUUAUGGUUAGGAAGUAACCAAGUGAGUGGACAGUUGCCAGAUUAUUCACUAGCACGCCUUCAGAACUUAAGAUACCUUCUACUUUUUAAUAACGUAAUCUCAGGCCCAAUCCCAGCAUCAAUUGGAAGGUUGUCCAAAUUGGAGAUGUUAGACCUCUCUUUUAAUCAAAUGAAUGGGUCCAUACCAGAUGGCAUCGGAAAACUUGCAAACUUAAACUUCUUGUUACUUGAUAACAAUUAUUGGGAAGGAUCAAUUCCCAUGAACAUCGACCAAAUGAUGCUGUCAUUGGAAGUUCUUGAUUUAUCUGGGAACUUCCUAAAUGGUAGCAUCCCAUUGCCCGUAGGUAGGAUGGAACAUCUAGCAAUGCUUUAUCUAUCAAACAACUAUUUAUCUGGAAAAAUCCAUGAUCAAUGGAGGGAUUCGCCAAGUCUUGGAAUCAUAGAUUUAUCCGGAAACAAUUUACAUGGUGAGAUUCCAAGUUCAAUUUGCUCACUACCAGCGCUUUUUUGGUUAAAAUUAAGCAGCAACUAUCUUUCAGGGGAACUCUCUUUUGCAUUCCAGAACUGCAAAGGCUUGACGAUGCUUGAUCUUGGAGAUAAUCGAUUCUACGGGAACAUACCCAAAUACAUUGGAAAAGACUUCUUAUCACUAUCAGAACUGCGCAUACGAGCUAACAUGUUCAGUGGAAAUAUUCCUGAACAACUAUGCUCUCUUACUCACCUCCACAUCCUAGACCUCGCUCUUAAUAAUUUAUCAGGAUCCAUUCCAUCAUGCCUCUGA